AUGGGAAGUCUUGGCCGGAAAUGUAGGCUGGUUUUGUGGCCGGUGCUCUGGGUCUUAACGGUUCACAGUGAGUGGACAUCCAGCUUCCUUUCUUGGCGGACAAGUCAAGAUGGCGAGAGAAGACUGGUGAUUGGCCGACCUACAAGGUCCUUGCGACGGUCGGAGCCCAAGGAAGGAGGAUUCCAACAACUGGAAACAAGGGUGCCAUCGGACGCCUGCACCUGUUCAAGUUGCUGGCGCAGCAACCUGCUGCGCGGUGUGGGAGGAGCUGCAGGUCUGGGGCUGCUGUUGGCUUCGGGGCAACCCGAGAAGCUCAGCAAAGCUUUCUUAGUCCAGGAGAUGGCUGGCAUGGCGGACUAUGAGCGGUUGGUGCGUGAGCGAAAGGCGCAAACUUUCCAGAAAGCCAUCAAAACCAACGUGGAGAGGCUAGUUGAAGUUGGUGUCGGUGCAGGGGUGAACUUCCCCUACUUCAAGCAAGCCGGCGUCAAGGAGGUAAUGGCCGUGGAGCCCAACCUGAACUUCCUGCAGAAAGCCCAGGCAGCUGCGGAUCGUGCCGACAUCCAGCUGCAGGUGCGACAGGGCGUGAUGGAGAAGAUGCCUUUCGAAGACAACUCGGUGGAUGUGGUGGUUGGUACCUUAUUGCUUUGUUCCGUCCAAGAUCUACGUCAGUCCAUCUCCGAGGUCCAGCGCGUCCUUCGGCCCGGUGGGCGAUACAUCUUCACCGAGCAUGUCAGGGCUGCUGAUGGCGAAUGGCUACGCUCUGCACAAGAUCUACUGGACCCCUUGCAACAGGCCUUUGCUGCCGGUUGCCACCUCAGCCGAGAGCCUCUGCCGCUGAUCCAGGAGACCUUCGAGAAGGUGAACGCUGAGCGUUGGAGUCUCUUCGAUGAUGAGUUCACAGGUGGAAAGCCCAGCGGCUUGCCGCCGCAUUUCCUACUGGCGCCACAUAUCUCGGGCUAUGCGGAGGUGUAUGUCGACUCCAUUGCGGUGCGUCGAUCUGCGCAACGCAGUGGACUUGUUGGAGACUUCGACAUCGGCCAUGGGAAGAGAUGGUCACCAGCGCCACCAGUUGGUCACAAGUGGACCUUGCA